GCUGCCAGACCAUAAGUUAGGAUGGCAGAGGAGGAAGGUGGUAUGGACAAGGAGGAUGUGUUCCUGGCUUUUGCUCAGGGUCCUACUCCUCCCAGGGGUACCCUACGUCGAGCCCUGGACAAGGCCUUCUUUAUCUUCCUGGCCAUUUUUCUGACACUACUGAUGCUGGAGGCUCUUUAUAAGCUGCUGUGUUCUCUACCGUGGACAGUGUUUGGGGACUGGCUCCUGGGAACACCUCAGAGCGAGGAGGAGUUGGAAUUGUGACCACCUUUUCUGCAAACAUCCUCUUACCCUGCUAUGGAGCUUCCCGAAAGUUAAAAGAGACGAGACCCGAGAUAUUUUCCGAGGCUCAUUUCGUCUUGCAGC